UUGGAAGAAGCGAUGGCGGUGUCCCGCUGAGCGCGCGAGCUGUCAAUCAUCCGUAUGUCGCAUGACGUCACGAAGGAUUUGCUACAAUGUCAAACAUCGGGGAGCAGCGCGUGCUUACCAUGACACACAGGACCUGGCUAGCCUGCCAACACCAGACUCCGUUUACAUUUUAGGCGGUUUACGCCGUCGUCAUGUGGUUCAGGUCUAUGUGAGCCAGGUCAGAGGUCAUGCUGCGGGGGAACUCCCACGGCCUCUUUUCCUCAGAAGAGACAUCCGACAAUGACUGUGAGGUGGGGUCGAGGCACCGAGGUCCAGAUGUGGCGUGCAUGUGCCAGGUCACUCCCUGCCCGCUUUAUUCCGAAGCACACACUUCUUCAUCGGAAGCGGUGCAGUGUGAACGCUGUGGAAGAAACCCAGUUGUGAUGACCCGCUACUCCGAGGGAUACGGAACAGAGGAGGAGUGUAUGCUGUCAGACCCUCAGGGGGAAAGUGACGCAGACGCCGACAUCGAGGACACUGACUGCAGACUCCAAGAACCUGGCACCCUGCAGCGAAUCAGCUCACGGCGACGCAAACGACAGCGCGUGGCGCGGCAGGAUACCACAGAGAGUGAAGAUGACGGAGGUCGGAGUCACGGGUCACAUCGUUGGAACCUGCGGCUCAGUCCAGAUAGGUCACAGAGCCGCACCAUCCUGGAGGAGAGCAUCUCGCAGGUGAGGCCGCUCGUCAUCAAGCAGGACAAGCAAGCGGAAGCGGCUAAAACCGGCCAAGAACCUCUGGUGUCUCCAUGGGCGCUGCCCCUCUCGUCCCCGCUUGUCCUUCUCUUCUUGCUCGUCCUCGCUGCCGCCAUUGCAUCCUUUCUGCUCACAUGGAUCAGAACCUGACAGACAGAGUCAAGAGUCCACAAUCAAGCACAAACACAUUUGUCAUUCCUGUCAUUGUUUUGUUUAGUGUCAGGAAGUCAGUCAAAAGUGGCCCCCUGUUUGGACCCUUCUAUAGAAGCCAUUCAAGUCAAUAUCAUGUCAUCACCUCCUCCUUUUUCUAAAUAGCCUCACACAGAAAGUCGGCGUGACACAACAAUGACGACUAUGCAAAUCCACUAUUCCUACUGUGCUAGUUGGCCGCUGAAGAACGCCCCCCCCACCCCCUCCCCAUGUCCUUGUCUCCACACACUGUACCUCCUUCAGGGCUUGUGACCUGACUAGUUUAAAAAGCAAUAGCAGGAGAGAUUCCAUUUUUGCUCCCACAUGUGAUUGCAGUAUCUUAGUAUUUUAUGUACCUUCUGAUCUAAUCAAGUCAGCUGGACAAUCAGUCAGUCGGUUAAAGCUAAACUCUUAUCUGACCAAUGUGUGAUCAAUGUGUUUUGUGUUUCAACGGUCCAUAGUGCUUCAAUAAA